ACUCAAAAGUGAAUGGCGAAAUCAGAUAGAGAAUUGAAAGCUCUACAAACCGUACUAUUUACUUUUUUGAUAUCGUUCUUUCUUUCCUUUAGAAAAUCUAUUUUUCGGUCGAUGACUCAUCGAAAAAACGGGUAUUUUUCACUUUUGACCCACGUAACUCAGUUAGUUGACGGCAUAUUGUUACGAAAUUUUUAUGGUAGUGUGGCUAGGGUCUGAGAUAGAGAAUAAAAAAAAACUUUGAAAAUCCAUUCACAACAACGGUGUUAGUAGCAAAAAUACUUCAAAAAUGUCAUUGUACAAAAAAGUUGCAAUUGACUCAUAUAUAGAACAGGAAAAGAAAAAUAGAGACGUCUUUUUUUGUAUCGUGAGCGAAGAAAGUCGAUUUCAACAUUCAUACAUCGAAAUCAAUACAGGUGCUCAGCGGCGUCCUAAUGCAAUUCUACUGAUGCUAUUAAAAACCGGUUAGAUACUCUCAAUGAACGAUACAACAACAAAGAAAUCGAUGUUGAAGAAUUAUUGAAGGAUUUAUCAGUCUUGAUCGCGAAGAAAAAAUGAACUUGAUACUAACAACGCGAUUUAUUACAUUUUUACAGUUAAUUUUAAUCCUCAAUACACCUGUCUUUCUCUUUGUUGAACAAAAUAAAAUAAAAUUUAUCAAGCUCAUCAUUAUCCAUUCUUACGACAUUUUUUCAUCGACCUUUUCUCCUUCGAUAUUUUUUUCGUCGACAUUUUUUUCUUCGAUCAAAAAUGCUUCGGCAUUUAUUUUUCGAUAUUUUUUCUUUCGACGUUUUCAAUGCAUACUUACAUCAGCAUUAUUCAACAAUUGGUAGAAUAAGCGUUAAUUGUGUCCACCUCUUAUUUAGUAAAACUAACUAGAUUUAUCCUGUCCUGGGGUAGUGUCUAUUUCACUGUCUGCUUUAUUAACAUACUUGACUAGCGCAUCAUUACUAAAGUAUACAGUUGCAAACCAACGAUGUAGGGCGUAUAAUCCACUUAAGCUGUAUGGAUUCGUACAAUCCACACGAAUCUUUGUGAAUUUUUAAAGGCUCGUUGCAAAUUCUCAUAAGUUAUGUUACCCUGAAUUACCCAAACUUUUCCACUCAUAAAAGGAAAAAAUGACAGAAAUCAUAAGAAAUCUGACCAUUUUCUUGAAAAAAUUUCAAAACAAUCUGACUUAGAUAACUGUUCUAUAGGAAAGGAGUGUUUCUUUACGAACGUGUACGAGAACAUUGUCAUGUUCGGAGUCUAGUUCAGAUCACAACUGAAAAAUAUUCGGAUCUUAGGCUCGGGUCGCGUUCUAGUCAACGAAAAAGAUAUUGAUUCAGGUCGGAUUGGGUUCGGGUCACGUUUGGUUGACCCGUUUCUGUCUCUGGUCUGCGAGCAAUACCCUGCAAAGGAUCUGUAUCAUCUAUAAAUCCGCUGAGAACCCCAAUUCAUCGGUCAUCUAGUCGAAUUAUGUGUCACACCCAAACGACAAUAAAUUUUGGCAAAUAACCAAAGUACAUUGUUGCUAUUCUCUCUCUUUCUUAUUUUUUUUUUAUUCGUUAACUAAUAGUACAUUUGAUAUGGGCGGUGUCGAUAAAUGGUAUUGUUAGAUAAUGUACCUUCUCUCAUGCUUGACGAGAAGUAAAGAAAUGGAAAAAUAAUAUUUGAUAUAAUAACGUUUGUUUUUUUUUGUUUAUUCAUCAUAUAUUCAUUUUUAGUUACUUUGUAACAUUUAAAAAAGUAUUUUUUGUUAAUCUAAUUCAAGAAUGUGGGGCAGAGGUGCAGUAUUUUUCUAAUUUAAUAUCUUUAAAUUAUAACAGAUGUGAUUAUUAUUGCUGUUGUUUGUGUUACUAGAAGGAAGAUUCGACGGCGGCGGAUUUGGUGGCGGAGGGUUUCCAGGCUAUGGUGGCGGAAUGGGCGGUUUCGGAGGCGGAAUGGGUGGUUUCGGAGGUGGAAUGGGCGGUUUUGGAGGUGAUCCAUAUGGUGUGUAG